AUGGAUGAAACUAUGUUUGCCAUAGCCCAACAGCAUUACACUAACAAUUCCCCGGCCAAUCAAGAUAUAGCACCGUCAGAUGCUAUCAAGCUUUCUAGGAAAGUGGAUCCAUCGGGAAGAUCAUAUUGGUGGCAACAUCCUUGGGUGGGAAUUGUGAACCGUUCACAAGCUGAUAUAAAUAAAAACACUGAUAUGAUUGCUGCAACAUGGAAAGAAUGCAAAUGCUUCACUACAAGUCCUGAAUAUGGAACUUAG